AAAGUCAUUCGGGUUCAAAGCAUUUCUGACUCAACGUUUCAGCUUCCAUCAGCCUCUUUUUGAGUUCUUCGAGGCUGAUGUUCUUCAGAAAGAGGCUAACCCAGGGAAACCAAAAGGCCGCAUUUUUCUGAGACUCUUCAGAAACAAGAUAAGUUGAAAAUCUCUGGAUUGUUUCUGUGUGGUUCACGUUUCUGGGUGAAAGAAAUGAGUUCGGGGUCUGCAGCUGUGUGUGUUUUUGACAGCGACGACGGAGAUGGCGCUAAGAAUCGCAACAUCUCAGAAUUGAUUUCUACGCUGAGAACCGCUUACCGGACGAAGGAUUUCGACCGAGUAGAAGAGAUUCUGGUAUCCAGAGAAGCAAAAUUGAAGAGGGAGAUGCAGGAUAUGAAGAAAGAAAAUGGAUUUUUGUACGAACAAGGCGAGGAGUUGAAGAGGCUCGUAGUCCUCGAAAAGGCGGCUCAGGAUGCGGCGCAAGUAGGGGAGAGGAAGGCUGUGGAGAGGUAUGAGAAACUGUUGGAGGAGGUGAAGAGGGGGGGAGGACGAGAUGACGAUAAGAGGGUAAUUUUGGAGCUUAAGAAGAAGUGUUGUGUGCUGGAGUGUGCCAAAAUGAAGGCUGAAAGCGAGGUUGAGCUUUGGAAGAGGAGGUUUAAAGAGUUAGGGAUUAGAGUGUCUAAAUUGGAGGAAGAUACCGCAAUGCUGAUGGAUUUGCAGAGUGCAGCUUGUCCUACAUCUGCAUCAGGAGCCAUUGUUGACAUCAUUGAUAGCGAUGAUGAUCAUGCUCCAGGAGGAAUUUUGUGCAGAGAAGGAAACAAAGACCUCAUAGACAAGGUGAGCUCCGGAAUGCUUAAAAGAAAGCAAACUACAAGCAUAAAUGUAAGUGAGAACCCAAAUGGUGGUGAUCAUAAAGGAGAUGAUGAUAUAUGUCCAACUAGUAAACGAAAACGGAAGCGGCAAGAAGAAUUGAUUCGUGAUACUGAUGGUUCUCGUGCCGAUCAUUGCUCAGCUACCGCACUUUCUUCUGGUUGUAAAAAUGUUGAUGAACUUACUAGUUCAUCAAGACAAUGCGAGGAGAAAAUGAAGACUGUACACGCUUCAAGAAAUCUUAUGCAUGAACUUGUUUUGGCGGGGGAUAGUGACAGCAGUUUCAGUUCAUCUGAUAGUGACGAUGAGUUUAUUAGUUCGAGAAUUACAAAAUUACAAAGAAAAUUGAGGGUUUAACAAGUUUGAUGCACUCAGGGGAACUACUUUUGUGGAGUUUUUUGUAGAUGGCGAUCCUAAAGGGAACCCAAAGAAAACGGUUGGAGUUGGAGAACAGGACCAGAAAAGUCUUUCUGACUGUAAAGGACUAGCUAUUGAUCACUCUAUAAGCAAUUAUUUGAGACUUACCAGAAGAGGAACAUUUCUUCCUAUCAUCAUUUGAAUGUGCAGAAGGAGCUGAUACGAGAUGGUGAUCAUAUUUUGUAUCUUGUGGUUCUGAAUCCUUUUGUUGCUGGAUUAUCAAAUUUAAGACAUUUGCAACAUAUCCUGAUAACAGCAGAUUCAGCGAGUACAGAAGACACGGAGCCCCUUCUUGUUUCGUGAUGCAUAAUUUAUGUACAUACAUAGGAUACCAGCAAAAUUUAAUAUUUUUCAACCAUACACAUACAUACAUACAUACAUAUAUAUAAAUAUUAUAUAUAUAUAUAUGAAAUAUUUGUGCUA